UGGAAAACAAAUGAAGAGAGGAAAACUUAAGUAAACAAAUCUGAAAAUGAGGCCACAACACACAGAGAUGGAGGCGCCUCUACACUUAACGAUCAAGGAAAGCAGGCACUUUAAGGUUUAUCUCAAACAAAACCGUGAUUUUAACUGGCCCGGAUCGAGCCUCACCCAAUGAAUGACUUCCAGGGCCUCUGGCUCUUUGGGACGAAAGGAGAGAAUUAUUUUUAGCACAACUAUUUGGAAACCUCUGAGAACUUGGAUCUGUUUUUCUGUCUGGUACCAAAGCAAGUUUUUUCUCUGAGCUCUCAUGAAAGAUCCUCAGUCUCUUGUGGAUUUAGAAUUCUGGAGCAACCUACCAUCCCAGAGCAAGAACCAAAGAUGUUUGUCUUGCUCUAUGUCACAAGUUUUGCCAUUUGUGCAAGCGGACAGCCUCGCGGCCAUCAGUUCAAAGGGGACAGCUACUCCCCCAAAUACAUCUGCAGCGUUCCUGGCUUACCCGGACCUCCAGGCCCCCCUGGCGCAAACGGCUCCCCGGGGCCCCACGGUAGGAUCGGCCUCCCAGGACGAGACGGUAGAGACGGCAGGAAAGGAGAGAAAGGCGAAAAGGGGGCUGCAGGUCUGAGAGGUAAGACCGGACCACUGGGCCUUGCUGGAGAGAAAGGGGACCAGGGAGAGACUGGGAAGAAAGGACCCAUGGGACCUGAGGGAGAGAAAGGAGAAGUAGGUCCUGUUGGGCCUCCUGGACCAAAAGGAGACAGAGGGGAGCAAGGGGACCCGGGGCUGCCUGGUGUUUGUAGAUGUGGAAGCAUCGUGCUCAAAUCUGCCUUCUCUGUUGGCAUCACCACAAGCUACCCAGAAGAAAGGCUACCAAUCAUAUUUAACAAGGUCCUCUUCAAUGAGGGAGAGCACUACAACCCUGCAACAGGGAAGUUCAUCUGUGCUUUCCCUGGGAUCUAUUACUUUUCUUAUGAUAUCACAUUGGCAAAUAAGCAUCUGGCCAUUGGGCUGGUACACAACGGGCAGUACCGGAUAAAGACCUUUGACGCCAACACAGGAAACCAUGACGUGGCUUCGGGGUCCACGGUCAUCUACUUGCAGCCAGAGGAUGAAGUCUGGCUGGAGAUCUUCUUCACUGACCAGAACGGCCUCUUCUCAGACCCAGGCUGGGCAGACAGCUUGUUCUCCGGAUUUCUCCUCUAUGUUGACACGGAUUAUCUAGAUUCCAUAUCAGAAGAUGAUGAGCUCUGAUCUGCUGUCCCAAAUGUCCCAGGAUCCUUGUGGAAGAAACUUUGACUUAAUCUGGGGCCCUGGAAGGUGGAAGAAGAAGAAAUGAGAUCCAAAAAAGACUCCCACUCAGACUCCAGAGCAUUUACAGACAGUUCUAGCAGGAUCUAUUAAAAGAAGUUAAACCACCAAACCAUUGAAACCACAACAGAAUGAAUUAUAUAAAACAAUAACCCCAGAUACGUUCUCUCAAAAGCAAUGUUCAUAAAUAUUUAAACAAAUUAAAGACAAUGUUACAAAUUCUAUUAAAUUCCGUGAGUGCUAAAAACCAGCUGGCAAUGAUAUUGUCUCAUUAAAUCUUUGUAAAAUUGCA